AUGAUGGCUUCCGGUCUACAGACAGCUAAAAGGGACCUCCGCAAAAAGAUCCGUGAUGUUCUUCAGAAAACCCCGAAUGAGUCAAUCGUUCUUCAAUUCCAAGACGCCUUGACUCACGGCAAAGAGGUAUUCGUGCCGUAUAUCCAUAGCAUAGACUCACCGUCUUCGACGCAGAAGAAGACCUCCGUCAUGGACAUGUUGCUUCUGAAGUCUAUGGAAGAAUUUAACUCUCUUGAACCUGAUAAGUGGGGAAUACCAUCGCUCACCAAGGCCCAGGCAGAGAACAAGAGGAACUGUUUUGGGACAAUAGGGGUCUCCACAAACAUAGGGGAGGAUGCUACGCAGAGAUUUGAAGGGCUUGAUUUGAUAGUCAUGCCUGGAAUGGCUUUCGAUCAAGGGUUCCGAAGACUGGGUCAUGGUAAAGGUUACUAUGAUCAAUUCUUGACGAGGUACUCGAUAAAGGUAGCCGAGAAAAAGACGACAACAUCAAAAAUGCCUUUACUCGUUGCCCUUUCCCUCAAAGAGCAAAUGCUUCCCUUGAAUGAAGAAAUACCCGUUGCGGAUCACGACUGGCCAGUAGAUAUGCUUGUGGUCGGCGACGGCCGCUUUCUUGUUCGCCAAUCCUGA